AUAUUCUGUUUUGCUCUUCGCGCAUCUAGUCCGUCUCUGAGAUGCGGCGAUGUCGCAUCCCUCUGAGAUUAAGUGCUUUUAACUUCCUCUACUGAACUUAAGUGCUUUACAUAUGGCUCAAAAUGCUACCUCGAUUUCGCCCAACGCCAUCUUGUUACAGAUUUUGUUAGAUGCCGAAGAGGAGGCCAGAGCUUCUAGGGCAGAGAAUAUGAUGCAGAAUCUCAAGAAAGCACGCAUUGAAUUGGAAAAGUAUCCGCUACCUAUUUCUUGUGGAAAAGAUGCAUUAGUGAUCAAAUUUGUAGGUGAUCGAAUUGCCAAAUUAAUCGAUGAAAAGCUACCACAAUAUCUCGAAGCUGUACAAAAAGAUUUACCUGCUCUCAAUGCAGCUACUCGAAACCAUUCCUGCGCAUCUAAUUUAGACGAACCUAGUCGCACUGCACUUGCUGUCCAGAAACGAUGCACGUCUAAAGUUCCAGUCAAGAGUAAAAAAUGCAAUAAUGAAGACGAACAGUCGAGUGUAAAGAAAGAAUACGUGCCUCGACCUAAGACAGGAAACUGGGCCGUGCUCAUUGCUUUAUACCUACAUGCACUUCCCGGACAGGCCAUUGAAGAGGCCACGUUGAAAACUCUUGCUCAACGCUAUAGCAAAGAAUCUAUGACGGCCAAAAAUCACGGCAUGUAUACGUCUUUUUCCUCUGUAAACAAGAAAUUAUGCGAAGCCGAAAAACUUGUGAUUAGAAAAAUUUCACCAAAGCGUUAUUUGCUCAGCCCUAAAGGCCGAAUGCUUGCAGAAAGACUCUGGCGAGAAUGUGAUGAAUUCAAAGAGCUUUCAGACGGGAAAAAUGCUGUCGAGUCGAUGGGCGUGCCAAUAUCAUGCAAGCCAUCAGGAACAAAGUUUUCGAACAACUCGAAUGAGCCGUUAGAUUCGACAUGUUCAGCAAAGAAUAUAAAUAACGCAGACUGUCUUUCUUCUGGAAUCACAGAAAAAAAUAACGAUCUAAUUUAUCGAGAUCAAGGCCAGCCAUCGAAUCAGAGGUUUGGUUUUUUCAAUAUCACUCCUUUUACUAAUGGGGACGAUGUCAUAAACCUUGAUUCGGACGAUGAGACUGACAAGUCGCCCAUUCAGGCCAGCUGGAUCUCUCCUUCUAAACAUGCUUCUCGCGAUAUCAAGCGCAGGGAAUUUGUACACGAUAAUUCUCCCUGUCAAACCAAACGGCUGUACGAAAUUUCGAAUCACCGCAUCUCUUCAACGUUGAAUUCUGUUUUUCCAGAACUCACCAACGGUAGCCCUGCAACGUCUUGCUUUGUACAGUCGGAUUUACCAGAGUGGGACUUGACUGACUUGGAUCUCGAGUUGACAGAACACACAAUCGAUCAGGUGGUUCUCUUUGUCGACAAUCGUGAAAAAAGCUUCAAAAAUGCACAGAGCGACCAAGAAUAUUUUCAAAGUGAGCUCAGCAGUCUAGGUGUUUCGGUGCAGACGCGCUCAUUGGUGUUGGGUGAUUUUUUAUGGGUUGGCAUAUCAAACCUUGGAAAAUAUAUUGUUCUUGAUACAAUCAUCGAGCGCAAAACUGUAUCUGAUUUAGCGUCUUCAAUUGUUGACAAAAGGUAUCUAGAGCAGAAGUGGCGUUUGAGACAUUCUGGACUGUCAAAAAUAAUUUAUUUAAUUGAAGGUAAUUUGAGCCACUUGGUCCCUUUGAGUAAGUCAAGUGUAACACCAGAAAUGUUAGACUCGGCCCUGGUAACCACAGAAACUCUAGACUCGAUGAUCAUCAUUCGAUCUAAGGACUAUAAAACCACAGUCGCUCAACUUUAUGCCAUUAGCACCUUUUUGGAGACAAAGUACAAGGGAAAAAAGGUAUUGACAACUCAUUACAACCAAACCAUCGCACUCAAGGUACGGCACAAUGGACAGACUCUUGUAGAACGUUCGCAACGAAUGAGUGUGCUUGGCUUGGACAAGCUACAUUUUAGUUAUGAGCAUUAUGAGGAGCAUAAUGCAAAGAGAAAAAUGUUGCCCCUAGUUGACUGCUUCGGGAAACAGCUUAUGCGAUGUCCUGGAAUUACCAUGGCAAAAGCGGCCGUCAUUGUCAAUCAAUUCAAGACACCUCGUGCGUUUAUGAAUGCGCUGAAGGAGCUGCCAAACGAAGAGUCCAGAAUCAAAUUGAUCGCUGACUUGAGGGUGGAAGGAAGACGAGUAGGAGAAGCGGGCAGCAAGGCCGUUCUCUCAUUAUUUUGGGGAACGGACUAGACUCUCGAAAAAAAUACAAUGUCGAUAUUGAACUUUUUCUUUUUUUUGCAAUAGUGGCAGAAAAAUAUUGUACACUUUCUCAGAAGCUCGAUUGAAUGUUCUUUAAAGAAAGAAGAACACGUUACUGCUAGUCUAGAACUAUACUGCUUACUAUCUCAAGUUUCAUCUUGGCUAUUUCGUAUCCAGUAUCUAUACAGUGCGUCCCUGUCUGGCUUUGGUUGAAAGAAUCACAGUGAAGUGAUAGAGAGUGACACAGCUGCAUACAAAAUAACAUUUAGCGCUUUUUUCGUCAGUAUCAAUUCAACUAUUCUACCUGGCUUAUGCAGAUUUAUCCAUUAGCUAGCUAAACUGUCGAUCUAUUGUGUGUCAGAGCAUUCAGACGGUUCUCAAGCAUUACUUCAGUUAUGCUGACUCGUGGCAUUACAUACAUUCCCAGAAAGAGCAUUAAUAGCGCGCACCGCCGACUUAGGUUUCUUGUCAUCAAAACUUUAUUUUCGGUGGACAGAUCAAUGUUCGAUACAGAGUUAGCUCCUUGCUCUACCUCAUUCCUAUUUAACGUUCAAGAGGAUCCGUUUUUCGAAGUAUUUCCAACCUUUCUACUGCCCUUGGAAAUAAUUGACAAUAUUCUUCAAUACCUCAGUGUGAAGUCUAUUAAGAAUUUAUCAGCCACAUGCAAAUUGCUUUGGAAUUGGACGCAACAAAACGCGAUUUGGGCGUUUCACUAUCAUCGCUGGUGUUAUCUGUUAUAUGUUCCACACACGAAAAAAUUGAAGCGACUAAAUUAUUGGGAACGAUGCAGAAUUAUUUAUCCCUUCUAUAAAGUGUUUUGUGCGCUCGUUAACCUGAGUGAUUGUCACCCCUAUGUUGUGGCACCUGAAAAAUACAAAAGGUGGAUUGAACUAGUUGAAAAGAGCAUUUGCAUACCUUGGAAGCGCCCCACUUUAGAAGAAUGCUUGUCUUACAGCGUGGAUAGACUGAUGCUUUCCAGGCGAAAGGAAUUCAAAAUUUUCAAAAUUAGUGCGAGGGAGAUAUUACUCAUCCUGUUUACACGAUAUCUGAACCCCGUCUAUCGAGAUUCGAAGACUUUGUGCUUUUUGAUAUCUUAUCCACAUACUAGAAAAUAUUUCAGACCGCAUGUAAUGUGCAUCAGCCAGCAUACUGUAUAUCAUCCGAAUAUCAUCAAAGGCAUGGUUCUGUUUCCAUUGGCAGCUGAACACUGUGGGCUAGUGAGCAUUCUUCAGGUGUUGUAUUGUAUGUUUACGCAAAUUGAAUUUUUAACUAAGCGUUUUUCUGAUUAAGUCAUUGAAAAAUAAAGCGCCUGAAUUGAAGGUUCGA